AUGUAUUGGGUGCGACGGUUCACUUACCUGUCGGUGCCGGUGCUCUUCAUCAUCUUCAUUGCGACCUACCUCCCCGUUAUCCUCGAUCCGACAACCAGAGGACCGGAGAGUCGCGCUCGUGAUCGACUUUGGGUCAGCAGUAGCCCAUACUUCUUGGAUCGCCAAGCAUGUCGAUGGAUAGGCUUGUGUGGUCUACACCACCUGCGGAGGGACCCUGCGGCGCUCCUUCCCAUCUUCGAUGAAGAUCCUGAAGACGAGCUGAGAAUAGAACUGCGAAAACGUGUGGAAAAACGCAUGGACGUCACUUGGGAGGAAGAUGCUGAACUUAACGGCUUUGGAAGUCAGAGCGCCAAGAGGGACUUGAAGAGGAAUCCGCAGGAGCGUCGCAAGAUCCUCAAGGAAGUACCCCAAUAUGUUAUCGACCAUGCCCCGUUGGUGCACCUCUACUCUGGCGAGCAGUUCUGGCCCUCAGACAUUCGCGAGCAUAUUCAACACAUGAUUGUCACCAUCGACCACAAGCGCUUGAAUACGACUCAGAAUGUGACGUUGCACAAUUUACAGAGCCUUAACCGCUUCGACAACCGCAUGGUUACCCUUCACAGCUUGGAAGACGUUGAAUCCCGACCCAAGUGGCUUCACAGCCAUGAAAACCUGCCCAAUCCCUUUGACGACCCUGAUGCUUCUAUACCACCUCCCCAAGGAGGAGCUCGGAAACCACAUAGCGAGCCCGACACUUGGUUCGAUACAGACAAGAAGCACCCUGUCCAUCGUAUCUCGGAUCCUCGAAUCAAAAACAAACCCGCAUAUUUCCCGGCACCUAGUCCCGGCAAAGAACAGCAACGAAUUGUUCCGCGCGGCCACAAGCCGGAUGCCGAUGGUUAUUCCAAAGCGCCGGCUACCCUCGUUCUGGUGGACAAAGGCUCGGGCAUUGUUGAUGCUUUCUGGUUUUUCUUUUACAGCUAUAAUCUAGGGCAAACCGUGCUCGGCCUGCGAUUCGGAAACCACGUGGGUGACUGGGAGCAUUGCAUGAUUCGCUUCCAGAAUGGGGAACCACGCGGCAUCUUCUUUUCUGAGCAUGAAGGCGGCCAAGCCUACGCAUGGUCGGCCAUUGAAAAGCGUGGCGUGAGACCCGUCAUUUACUCGGCUGUUGGCUCUCAUGCCAUGUACGCUCUGCCCGGUCCACACCCUUACGUUCUGCCCUUCAAAAUGCUCAAAGACGUUACGGAUAAGGGUCCAUUAUGGGAUCCUGCACUUAAUAACUAUGCUUAUUACUACGACUACACCCUCGAGAACCCCGAAGAUACCAUCGAGCAUGAGGACAGCAUUGGAGUGAAGGGACUGACGCACGACACCCACAGCUUCACCCCCGCCGCGUCCAAUCCGGAUGCGCCGACUACGUGGCUGCACUAUCAGGGCCGCUGGGGAGAUGAGACGUACACUCUAGCCGACCCUCGCCAAUGGCGCCUCUUUGGCCAGUACCAUUAUGUUACAGGACCCAGCGGACCCAAAUUCAAGAAUCUCGAACGGCAAACGUUAUGCCCCGCGAGAUCCUGUCGCCUGUUAUAUGAGAUUGAUCCAAAGGGCACUUGGUACUAA